GUCAUUUCACGAAGCGGCAUUUUCAAUUGAAAAUUAUGCAGAACCGAUUGCUUACACAUUUUUGUAGUAUGUAAAAGAAGUUUUUGCCUAUAUGUUUCAGCAAGAAAAGCUUAUAUUCAAACCACAAAUCUAUCAUACUAUAAUUAUGCUCAAAAUCAAAAGUUAAAACCGCGCGAGCUACAGGCAUUCCCAGGAUGCAAGCGUAGCCGAAAAACGUUUCCCCGGUUUAACGCUACCACUCGCGAACUCAAAGAUGACACAUAGAUACUCCCUUCGAAGUCAAAAGAACCCCGGUGACAGAUCAGAUGAUACAGAUAAAAAACAUGUAGAGAGCAGUCGGAUGUAUCCAAGAAUAGGCAUUCACAAUAGGCAGAUAUCUGUAGACAGCUCAGAUGGCACUGAAGAAGAAGAUCAAUUUACAGAAGAAGAAGAUGCAAGUUUUGCAUCACCCUCUUCAAGAAAGUCUAAAGAUAUGAACAGAAGCCAUGGCAGCAAUGUUUCAUAUUCAGAUUCAUCAUUCCUUUCAACGACUGCCAGUGACUCAUUUAGCUUUCACCACCCAGACUCUCCAAAAGCUGAAUCAUCUUCCAGGCAAGGGAACAAGUUGUACCCCAAGUUAAAAGAUGUAGCUGAAUCAUCUUCCAGGCAAGGGAACAAGUUGUACCCCAAGUUAAAAGAUGAGUCCUUGAAUCCAGUGAGAGAUAAAAGGAAACAAAAAGAUGCAUAUGCUGUGUCUCCUGAAGCAAGUAAACAACAUAAACACCAAACAACUGGCUUCCAGUCUGGGUUAAGCAGCAACAGACUGGUAUUUGUAGUAGUAGCAGUAAUAAUAUUUGCAGUAGCAGUGAGACUGGCGGUGACUUUUCUUUAUAAUAGACAAAAUAAAAGUAUCCAGAGCAAUGGGGAGAAUGACAAAUUCAGUACUUUCUGUAACAAAAUAGAAGAAAAGGCAGAACAGUUUCAGGCACAAAACUCUCGCUUGUGGAAAGUAGUAAAGUCUUCAGUGUAUCAUGUAAUGCAGCCAGAAGAGUCAUCUUAUCCUGCUGUUCUGCUUCUGGCUGCAGAAAGGGGAAAUAUUUUUUUGGCUUCAGAUCUUGCUGAAGCAGUGGCAACAGACUUUAUAACUGUGAUGCAAACAUCCACUGGUCCAUCAAAAGACAUGCCACUCUCCUUAAAUAUCUCUCAGAAACUGGCUGGACUUGAGUCUGGAGAACAGAAGAAAGAGCUAGACAAUUGGCUUAGAAAUCGUUUUGAGCAGGCUCCAACCGCUGCAGUGCUGCAUCAUUUGGAAAUCUUGAAAACUGAUGCAGCCUUGCUUUUGCAUGGUUACUGUGAUGGCGAUAAUGCUCCCUAUAAAAAUGUUUUGCUGAUACUUCUUGUGUACAUGGAUGACAUGCCAGAAAAUGAUCGAAAUGUUGAACUCUUUCUCUCCAGUGUCUGGACAAAUGAGCACUCACUGGACAAAGUAGAUGCAUUGCUUAGCCGAAUAGCUAACAACAUAGGUAUUAUAACAACCAGAAGUUAGCAGGAAGUUCAGUUCUGCUUUUCAUUGAGUCUUCAGCCAUGGAAUGGAAGGAAGAAAUUUUGCCUUAUUUCAGCCAUUUUUAAUAAUUUGAAGACUAAUACCCAUUUGGGGUUUGUGCCAGUAAAGCUGUUAGAGAUGUGGAUCAAACAUGGAAGGAAAUGAUCAUUCAAAAAACAAAAUUAAACGAAAAGCAUCAUCAACAGAAGAAUAUUUUUUCUCUGAGUAUGGAACUUCCAUAGUGAUAAUCAAAGACAAAGACAAAGAUGUGCUGUGACCCUACAUCCAACCUCAUCUUCAACCAUUAGCUGAACUCUAUUGGGAGAUAAUUAUCAUUAAUACAUUGCUUAGCAGUACUCAACAUUUAAUAUGCUUGUAAAUAUUUGUUUGACACAUUAGCUAGAAAAGAAAACAAUCCACAACUUGGGUAUUAGCAUAUUUCUGCACCCUUGAAUGUGAUUCUAAUUAAGGUAAAAUCGCCUUAGACUGGCGUUAUAUAGCGUAGAUAAAUUUAUAGUAAGUGGUUUUUUUCCCUGCAUGAUACAUGAUUUGAGAAGGAAGUUUAUCAUUCUACUUCUUUUCACGGAAGGACAUUAAUUCAAGUAGAGAUCUAUUUUGUCACCUUGUUAGUUUGCUGCGUUCCUGUCUUCACUUAGUUUUUAUCAAUAGGGCUCUUGGGUUUUCAUAUUUCUGGUUGUAUAAAGCCUAGUUUGUGAACUAUCCCAUGGUAAGUUCUUUGCGAUGUAUCAAGUUUUCCCAAUGUUGUCUAGCACGGUGUUCACAUCUGGCCAUGUGCAGUAGAGGCACAACAGCACUUUGGUUUUUCAGCCUAAUCUUUGGGUCCUUUAACAAAGUAUUUGCAUGAUAGCAUGUAGUAACUGCUACUCCAUUUGUCAUAGUGAGGAAGCUAGGUGUGCAUCUAUUAUUUGUAAUGAAAAGACCUCUUUGACAAUCACACAAAUGACGAUACAGUAAAUAAUAACAAACGUGUGAUUUAUAUAUAGCUCCUGAUCACACUCAUGAAGGAGCAUGCUCUCAGUGCUUGUAACAAGAGUGAGAUAUGGACAGCAUAGGAAGGACAGAGGGAUAAACAACUAAAAGACAAACAUAGAAGACAGGGGACAAAGAGGAUUGAGAGUUUGAUGAAUCAGCAGAGGAAGAUUAGCGACUAGUCAGUAGACGAGAACAAGUAAAUGGCUUAUCAGGUGGAUUAGCAGGAAGUGGAUUGUUGUUAGGAAUAAUGCUCAUGGAACAGACAUGUUAUUAGUGCAUAUUUAAAGGAUUUGAUGAUGAGUAGAUGGUAGACAUGGAAGGGGAGUAAGUUCCACUGUUUUGCAGCGUAGUAACUAAAAAUCCUGUUAACACAUGUGGCUGUUUUGGUGAUAGGGAUAGCAUAUGGUCAUCAGACAAAAACCAAAGUUGUGUAGCUGGGAUGUCAGAAUUGUAUAUAACCCUCAUCAAUUUUUGGUAAUGUGCAUUGUUUUGUGAGGUGGGUUUGUAUUGAGCACAGCAUGCCUGAAAUGUGCAGAUCACAUUUUCUGAAUGCGUAGUGCAUAGCAAUUGAUUUGUGGCUAAUGGUCUAGCUUUUUCAAUCCUCUUUAAAAGACCGCUGCUGAAGACAUAUAGGAAUCUCAUCCUAAAUGGAAGAGGAUGGCCAAGUUGUUGGUUACAACACUGGUGUCAAGGGUCAGUUACAUGUUAACCAGUUUGAUACCUGUGUGGAACAACAUACUCCCCGCUCAAUUGACCCAGCUGUUGAAUAGGUACCUACAUCCCUCUGAGGGAAAGUUUUGUAAUAGUCCUCACAAAAAAAACCUUGCCCCUAGAUAAAGUUUUUUAUUUACGUUUUUCUGUCCCCUCUCCAUCCAAAUGAGAGGCCAUGGGACUACAUUAUGCCGAUUCCUCUUGCAUGCUGAACUACAUUUCAAAGUAGCAGUUCAUUUUUCCCUCCCCAAGCUACAAAUUAGGUUAGUUGGUGUACAGGUAAUUUGAUAUAUCUUUUAUUCACCAUGGAAAAGGAGGAUUUCUCUAUUAUACACAUUUCCUGUGAUCCUUGUUUAAUAAAAACAAAUUUUUGUUUAAACUCCUGUGCAUUUUAUUGAUAUUUUGUGAGACUUUUCACUCUCUGCAUCAAUGGCCUAUAGUCAUUGAUAUGUUUGCAGCAGCACGUUUAGUAUUAAUAGUACUAGAUUAUCAAAAUGGAACAAACUCUUUACCACUUUGCAAUUGCUAUGUGCAAUUAAAAAUAUUUCCUGAAUAAAAUCAUGUAGAUUGCUCACCAAACAGCUUGCACCGUUUUGUUAUAGUUAAAAAUAACACAAUAUGAUUAUUUUUUUUCACCAUAAUAGGCACUUCUAAUAUUUAUUGUAAAUUUUAAAGAGUACUUAACACUGCAAUUUGCUUACAUAUGUUGAAAGCAAGUGGCACACAAUUGUACUAUUUGCUUUCAAGCCUGGUGAACACAACAGUGGGAUGCGAAUGUGCUAUGUUUAGAUAACACUAGUGAGGAGUUGAUGUUAUCUCAUAUUGUAAGGUACAACAAGACAGUGCUGAGUUUAUCCCUCUCAACUUCCUGGGAAAAAAAUUAAUUUAAAAUGGGGUCUUGGAACACAGCAACAAAAGCAUCAUUUCUUAAAGGGAUGAUUGUGUCAUUGUUGCCCACUACAGUCAAUACUGUAAUACAAAUAAAAUAUAGAAGUUUCCA